UGAUGAUUCCUGCCGUCUGCAUCUUCCAUCUUCCGUCUUCCGUCUCCUUCUGACACACACGACCCCGUCUUUCAGAUGAGCCCACAAUUCUAGAAUCCAGAAUCCCGACCAUGGAGACUGAUCCACAUGCACCCCUGGGUUUCGGUUUCGCUUCGACUCAGGACACGUACAUCCCGGGGCCGGGCAGUGUCAGAUAGAGAGGUAGGUGACCGAUCGAAUUGUACUGGAGUGGUAGUUUCUGCGCAGAAGCUGGCAUCUAUAUAAAGGUCUACACCUCUCGCCCAACUUUUCUUUUCUUCUCAACAGCACCAGCACCAGCACCAGCACCAGCAACCUGCCAUCUGUCAGUAUCAAAUUGCCAAAAAUGGUCUCCACCAACUCCCUCCUCUACGUCGUCCUCAGCGCCGCCUCCCUGGCCGCCGCGACCCUCGACCCGGCCUCCACCAACACCAAGGGCAAAUGUCCCGGCACUUACAACUGCUCUGCCAGCAAAGUCUCCACCGCCAUCCAAGCCGCCGAGUGCUCGCACAACACCCGCACCUCAGGCACCCAAACCUUCGCCGUCUUCGUGACGGACCACGAGUACGACUCCUCGCACGGCGCCCCCUACGGCACCUGCAGCGCGUACACGUGCACGGCGCCCACGGACGCCGAGAUGACCGACUCCGACUCGGAUUGCUGGACGUUCUUCUGGAACGAUAAUGGCGAGUCCUCGGGGGUCGGAACGGGGUGCAUCAAGAGCCCGACUGAUGGGACUUGCGGGUGUGAGGACUCGGAUGGCACGUUUGUUUAUGGGUCGGAUAGCUGCACUUAGAGAGAUUGGGUCUGGAUAUGUG